AUGGUUUUCCCUCAACCAGCAGAGACAUCGGUGGAAGAAAAAUUAGCGGCGUUCGAUAGUGCACCGCUAUUCAUGAAAUCAUUGCCAGAGGACAUUAUAGACAAUCCGGUAGUCAGUGCUCUCCAGAGCCUCGCCUACGAAGGAACUCCGGAUGAGAUCGCGCAAAAUUUCAAGGAGCAAGGGAACGAGUACUUCAAGGGCAAGCGAUACCGGGAAGCAUCAAGCUUCUACGCCCAGGGUGUCGAUGCGAAGCCCACAGAUCCUACACUGCUUGAAGUAUUGCUUUGCAAUCGUGCUGCAUACGUCCUUGCCCGGGAAGAAAAUUAUGGUUCAGUCCUCAGGGACUGCUCGAAAGCUAUCACUAUCAACCAGAAGUCCUCAAAAGCCUACUACCGAUCUGCUUUGGCUCUUGUCGUGCUGGAGCGCUUUGACGAAGCGAUCGAUUGUUGCAAAAGAUGCCUUCAGUACGAUAGGGACAACGCUGCGAUCCAGAGUGUCCUGGAGAAGGCGACGAAGCUAAAGGAAGCCAAGGAGAAGAAGGAGCGAGAAAAGCAGGAAAAGCUACGCCACGAACGGGAGAACAAACGGCGUCUCGCUGUAGCGUUCAAGGAGAGAAACAUCAUUGUAGUGGACGGCCCGAACGCGGAGUCGGAGAUUGACUACGAGCCACACUUUGACCACGAGGAUCCCACAGGCCGGAUGCUGGUCCUGCCGGUGCUGUUCCUCUAUCCACAAUAUGCACAGACUGACAUCAUCUCCGAGUUCGUGGAGGACACCCCGUUCUCAGCACACGUUGAGCGGAUGUUCCCCCCGGCUGUGCCGCCCCCAUCCUGGGAUCUGAAAAUAGAGUAUUCUGCUGACCACAUCGUCAUUUAUGCGGCAACACAUAGGCGACGUUUGUUGAAGGUUGGGAAGAAGAUGAGCCUACGUGACGUCCUGCGCGCGGCAGUAGGCGAAGAGGGAGAGUCUAGAGAUGGUUUAGAGCUUAAGGGCGGCUGUCUCUCCUUUGUCGUCUUGGCGAAAGGCGAGGUGGAGAAGACGUGGAUAGAAGACUUCAAAAAGGCGCGAGGUGUCUGA